CCUCUCUCGAUUUCAACCGAUGGAUUACCAAAGAAACCAUGGCCUAAGCCAUCAGAAAUAGCGGCAGGACACCACCAUCACAAAGGCUCCGGCUGCCUUGGAGAUUCCAAGGACGGACUCCCUAACAUCCCAGGCUUCCCUAGACUGUCUCCUGUACCGCCAUUCCAGCCAGUAGUUUUAUUGCAAUCGCCUGAAAUGGAGAAUUGCUUUACUAAAGAUGUAUCAAAGACCGCUGAGAAAUGCUUUUCGCAUAUAUUCUCGAGAUGGGCAGAUAAGGAUUUUGCAAUGGACAAGGAGUGCUGUGAGAUUGUUGUGAAGAUGGAUAAGAAAUGCAAUAGCCACAUUAGCGUGCUGUUCAAGAGCCGCUUCGUCGCUCCUCUUCUUCGGUACUCAUGUCACAUCAAGCACACCAAAAACUAAGCAAAUCCCUCCAAGGAAUAUAUAUCUAUAUAUAUAGUUCUAUAUGUUAGCCGUCUAUUUGUUAUUUCCAAAAAUCAUGUCACAUGUGAAAUUUCAUGACUUGUAUGUUCUUAGUUGAGUAAAAAUAAAUGAUAGUUUGUUUAUACAAUCCAUAUUAAAU